UCUCUCGUGCUCUCUGCGACUGGCAGGGCAGAGGUGUCAGCAGAACACAGGAGCAUGAAACACCACACUGCCGCCCAUCGUCUCAUACCUUGUGACAAAAAAUCUUGAUGGUAAAUGAAGAUCUGCGUUUUUUCGGCAACCUGAUACCAUGAAUGUGGACCGAGAAAAUGGGAAAUGUUGUGCGAGGUGCUGUCGCCUUCGUGCCCUCCGAGAGAUGUCAACGUUUCUUAGUAGGCGACUUGAAGGAGAUGCCCCUUGAUCGUACUCUAGACCUGAGUAGCCGGCAGUUGCGUCGCCUUCCAGUCAGAGCUUCUGCCUUUGAUGAACUGGUCAAACUCUACCUGAGCGACAACCACCUGAGCAACCUGCCGCCAGAACUGCGAAACCUGCAGAAGCUCCAGCUUCUAGCCUUGGACUUCAACUGUUUCGAGGAGCUUCCUCUGGUCGUAUGCAGCCUCGUUCAGCUAAACAUCCUCUAUCUCGGUAAUAACCGACUGUACAGACUGCCCAAGGAACUGCAGCAACUCACCGAGCUUAAAACCUUGUGGCUGGAGACCAACUGCUUCACCAAGUUUCCUCGAGUAAUAUGUGAGCUUCCCAACAUCAAGACCCUGCAUUUGGGAUACAACCAGCUACGUAGCUUACCGACCGAGCUUGAGCGACUGGAGGAGCUGCGCAGCAUCUGGCUAGCAGGGAACUUGCUAAAUGAGUUCCCCCCCGUGCUGCUGAAGAUGCAUUACUUGGAGGUGAUCGAUGUGGACCGCAAUGGUAUUCGCCAGUUUCCAUUGCUCACCUGCUUGAGAGGCUUGAAGCUCGUCAUCUACGACCACAAUCCUUGCGUUAAUGCGCCAAUGGUGGCAGACGGUGUGAGACGGGUAGGCCGCUGGGCCGACAGCUCUGAUGAUGAGGAGGAGGAAGGUGAUGGAAAGGUUGCCAAAGCAGGUGUGAAGGCACAGGGAUCGCUGGAAAAGACCGAGUGAAGAAGAUCAGUGAGGAACCAUAGAUCAAGCAGCUAUAAAGAGCAUGAUGAUGCUUAUGAGGUUUUAAAACUGCAGAAGGCUGAUUAAAUACUGAGGCCACUGCUCUACAAAUGUAGUGUCUUUUAUUUUUUAUAUAUUUUUAUAAUAUAGUGUUUUGUAGAUUUUUGAAGUAGAAUAGAAAUGAUUUAAAAUUAAAUAGUGGAAUUAUAGAAUUAAUGAUAUUCAUAAUAAACAAUUAGAGCAUAUAACUGAAAUAUUUAUAUUUAAGAAUGAAAAUUUAAUAAUUUACACAUCAUUUUUUUCUGCCCAUUUGUAACACAGAUGCUUAUGUAAUUAAAGGGAACCAAUUUUCUUGAAA